AUCACCUACUCUUCACCCCACUGUAACCCCGGUACAACCCCUACUCACCUCCCCAAAUCCAAUUUUUUAAUCUCGAGAGGGGGGAUAAAGAAGCGAACGGCGUCAGUCUAAAACCGUGAACGGCGUUAACCCAAAGCCUCCCUAAAAACGACCUCACAGAGAGAGAAGGAUUCUUUCUGCAACCAACAAAGAAGAAGCGAGAGCAGCAGCAGUGUCUCUCUCUCUCACUUUCUCUCUCUACAAGUCGCACUUUCUCUCUCUAGCCUCCCGUCGCUCUCCGAAUGCGCGGCUCCGUCACGGCAGAGGAACAGCUAUUUAUGGGAUUCAGCGUGUGGUGAUUAUCAGUUGAGUUUUUAAGUUUGAGUAAUGCGUGGUAUAGUUGAGGGUUAGUAUUGUAAGUUCAAAGUGCAGUGUAUUGGGAGGAUGGGGUCUGCUUGUUGUGUCGCGGCUAGAGACAAGACAAUAACAACCAGAGCUAAUAGUGAAAAUCUGCAUCGUAAUGUUCGAUAUUCACCCACGUGGAGCUUUCGAUGGGAUAACAGAGUCGGGGUAGCAGCUGAAGACACUUCUGUAAGUUGGCUUUCUGAUGGGAUUAGCAGAAAUGAUGGAUCUGAAGUUAAAUUUGAGUCGGCAUGUGUAUCAGAAGAGGGAAGUCCGUUGGAACAUUUACAAAGACAUGCCACGCAGAAGUCUAUAGUUUCUGAAGGAACUGCUGGGAGUGUGAGAACCCCUGCUUCAGAUCAAUCUAUUUCAAGAAACAUUUCCAUGGAUGCCAGUCUAGAACAGGUAGAUCAUAUACGAACAAAGGAGUCAACGGAAUCCCCAACAGUGUCAUACCCGUCUCCUGCCAAGCUAUCAGUUUCAUUGCCUUCUACUUCAUCCUUGUCCGCGUCCCCGAUGUCAUCCCAAUAUCACCUGCCUCCUGCUAGCUCAACCCCGUCGAGGUGUCCUCGCUGUUCUCCUAGACAUCAGCUAUUAAGGCAAGUAUCUGACAGCCGAAUUCCAGGAAACAAAUCACCAAGCUACCUCUCAAUAUCUGAAGAUAGGGCAAGGCUCCCUUCAUGGAGCAAUGAAUCUGCUAGGGGCUCCCGUGGUGGGUCUUCAGAUAGUUGGUCUAUGCAUGCAUUUUCUGAGCUCAUGGCCACAUCUAAUAGAGAAAGGUGGUCUUUUGAUACUGAAUCCUUUGGCUUUAAUCGUGAGAAGAUAACUAGAUCCAAUAGCAGAAUAUCAGCUUCCCCCUCCGUUGAUUUGCAGACAUGUGGGAUUUGCUCAAAGCUAUUAACUGAGAAAUCUUCGUGGAGUGGCCAAAAGUUUAUUGUGAACAAUGAGCUCUCUGUGGUUGCAGUGCUAACAUGUGGGCAUUCUUAUCACGCUGAGUGUUUGGAGCAUAUGACGCCUGAUAUCAACAAGUAUGACCCAGCUUGCCCUGUUUGCACCUUUGGGGAGAAACAGAUCCAUAAGUUGUCUGAAAAGGCAUUGAAAGCUGAAAUGGAUUUGAAGGCUAGAAAUAAGAGAUCAAGGAAUCGGGUGCUAGAUCUUGAUAGUGAUUCUGCUGUGUUUGAUCGCUUGAAAGGCAGUGGACAUCAAGGAAAGGGUCCUAAGAUGGCAUCCAGUUCCAGCAUGAGAAACUCCUCGGGAAAGCCUUUUUUGAGACGGCUCUCAUUUGGCUCCAAGAGUGCUCGAGCCCUGUCGGAGAAUCAUUCUACCAGAAAGAAGGGGUUCUUCUGGGCAAAAUCUAGCAAGAUGUGAGCUCACGUAGUGAUGUUUGACAGUGCAGCUGAUGGUCUUGGCUUCCCAUUUCUGCCGUCGGUUCACUUCAAUUUCAGAUAUGGCGCAAACUUUGCAACAAUGGGAUCAGCUGUUCUAGUGCCAAACAGUAUCUCUGCACCAGUAAACCCCCCGACCACAAGCCCACUCACUCUGGACUUUCAGCUCGGACAGUUUAAGGCUUCCCAAAACCGAGUGCUUCAUCAAUUGCAAUACAAUAAUUCCAAGCCAGCUGGUGAGGGUAAAUAUGUAUACAUACAUUCGCUUGAUUGAUUCAUUUUUACUUAACCGGAAGUAUGACUGCAUAUAUUCAUUAAUUGAUGAACUUAAUGAUGACUAAUUACUUAAUUAGUGUUCAAUUA